UCCCGCCCGACUCCUCCAGGAGAUGCGUGGGCGAGACGGACACGCCCCCGGAAGUGUGCCAGACAUUCCCAGCACAAAGCGGUGAGCGCGCGCCAUGGAAGACGCCGUUGAGAUUUGCGUUUUAUUGCUGUUGCUCGGCGUGACUUUGAGUUUUGCCGAAGAGCCACUGGAUGAGCUCGAGGGGGCAGGUGCUUCCCUGCCAGAGCUGAAGCUUUUCCAUCACUUCUGUGCUUACAAAAUGGACGAAGGCCCCUGCAAAGCCCUCACUUCCCGCUGGUACUUCAAUAUCGAAACUCAGAAGUGUGAGCCUUUUGACUACGGUGGCUGCAGAGGCAACGAGAACAACUUUGAGACUGAAGCCAUUUGCCAGGAGAUGUGCAUUUUACGGAAUAAGAAAGAUGCCUGUAACUUAGACGAAGACCCUGGACCGUGCAGAGGACUGAUAACUCGCUACUUUUAUGAUGUGAGGAAACAGAAGUGUGAGAGAUUCUUGUACGGAGGAUGCCUUGGGAAUGCCAACAACUUCCGAACAUCACAGGACUGUUGGGAAAGCUGCAGUAAUGCAAGUCAUAUCGGCACAGUCCCUGAAAACGGAACCAGAGGAGUGAGUGGUCACCCAACGGACGCUCCGAAAAAGAUGCCAUUGGCUUCUGAUCUCAAUGUUCCCGACUUUUGCCAAAGUCCCCAAGAACGAGGCACAUGCACCGCGGCCAUCAAGCGGUGGUCCUUCAGUGCCCAUGCAGGGAGGUGUCAUCCAUUCACCUACAGCGGCUGUGGGGGCAACAACAACAAUUUCUCCACAAGAAAGGACUGCAUGAGGGUGUGUGCCAAAGGUGACAAGAACCAGGGCAAGAUAAGAAUUAAGAAGAAGAACCGCAAAGUCAUCCUCGGAGGCUGAUGCCCGCUGCCCGUGUGUUCAGCGUCUCAUCUGCAUUUCAGACUUUCUUUUGGGUACUCUUUGUAUUUUUAUAUUGCAUCUCAUGCUUGGUAGAUUGGCACUGGAAAGAACAAUAAAUACCCGCUGGUGUGUGUGGACUGA